GUCAUGACGUAAAAUGACGCUAGUAACGCUGCAACGGCAUGGUCGUUGGUUAACUUACAAGCCGAUCUUUAUUCAACAAAACUUGGAAUAAAAAAGUAAAAAAACGGAAGAAACCAGUCAAGCACGUACAAAUAUGGCAUAUCGUCUUAAUUUGCCAGAUAUGAGACUGGCCGAGCGGACUGGGAUCGGCUCUCGGAGCGCCCGGGUGGCGUCGUGGGCGGAGAACGAGCAGGAAGCGUUCCAGCACCACGCCGAGUACCUCAAGCGCUUGUCCAAGCUCCGCGAGGAGCUGAUCAUGCAGGAGCAGAACAAUCUCGCGAACGCUUUGGAUCGACUGCGCAUGCGCUCUUAUGGUCGUGAAUUUGUUUAUAGCCAGUCUCCACGCGAAAAGAAAGCAGUAAAACAGCGUCUCUCCGCACAACCCGAGCAUGUGCAGUCUAAACGCACCACGCUGCUUACAACUUUCGAAAAGUUUCAGCGCAUGCGUCCCAAGCGCCAGCCGCCCGCCAUCAUGCCUCUGGAAGGGAAAUCGCUCAUAGAAAGCGGCCCUUCCUACGAGAGAGCGCGUCCGGAGAGACGGACGGUGGCGGCCGCAUCGGCGGCGGCCGCAUCGGCAGCGGCGGACAACGAUCAUCACAGCCAGAACACGGAUUUCAGUUCCGAGCGCUCCGUCGAUGAGAAUGUGCGGCUCAAUCUUCAGCGGCUCACGCAUCAGACCGCCAUUCCGAGCAUCCCGCCGCGUCGGCGACGCAGCACACACCGGGAUCUCGUCUUGGAGAGCAACUCCGUCAAACGCGCCUAUACGUCGCGCGACUCGAACAACUCGUCGGAGGACCGGAUAUCGCAGAUGCAGAAGCAGAAACAGAAGUUGAUGAAAAUGCGCCAAGAGGCGCGCGAGGCGGAGAAACUCAAACUCAUGCCGCAGAGCUUCCGGAUAGACACGCUUAGUGAUGAAGACCGGAUGAACCUAGAGAAAUUACAGGAUUAUUACUGCAUUUAUUACAUCCCGGAAACAGCGAACUCUGCUCGGGAGCCGGAUAACCAAAUGCAUAUCCAUUUACCUAAAAUAAGUACUGGUAAAACAAAGAAUUCGAUAGACAGCGACAAUAACAGUUCACCGCGAAGUCUUCAUGGCAAAACAGUAGGCUUUCGUAUAGCAUCGGAUCAUCCGGUUCCCGCCCACGUGUGUAACUGUAACUGCCGGAUGUACGUUGCCGGAAACAGACUCGACUCCGCGAACGACAUGAGCUUUGACGCUAUCCGGCGUACCCAAGAGGCGAACGGUUGCACCGAGCCGGAAUGCAAUCACCAGUUACCGGCAACGCAGAAGAAAACGCAACCGCCGGCGCCGACGUCGAGCCGAGAAAGCUCGCGCGGAAAGGGAAAGCGGCGGAAACGCAGCGCCGAUAGAAACGAAAACUCGAGUAGCUUCACCGUCGUGGACUCGAAUGACAGGAUGCACAUACACGUCAACAUGCCGGCGAUAGUGUUUAACACGGUGAACUCGCCGGAACCUCGGAGUCCUGACCUCGGUGGCGGUGUUCCGAUUCCGCUCACAAAGGCAUUCAAGCAGAAGGAACUUCGUCAGAGGGAGCUGUGUAACCUUAUGGAGGAUGUACGGGAACUGAAUAAAAUAUCGGAGAGUUUGACAGCUACGCCGGAACUAAGUUCAUAUCCGUGAUUUUUAUAGUACGAUUUCGGAUAAAUGCGGACCCAUGACAAAUUAGAAAGUUAUAGUUUUAUUUAUAAAUCAUAUCUUUUCUGUAUACGUAACUGCCAAAUACACCGGAAAAAUUUACUUUAGUCAAUUGUGUAAUUCUAUAUUUUAAUCUUCCAAAAACUAAUCCUAUUUUUUCAACACAAUUCCAAUAUACCUGCUUCAAUAUUAAAGAACAAAAAAAUAUUUUUAUCUGUUUAUCCUUAAUAAUUCACUGACAAUAAGCAGUGUCCAAUUGUCAUCAAUAUUUAGCAAUAUAUACAAGUUAAAUAAAAUUCGCUUACUUAUAAUUAGAAUAUUUGAAGGUUUAUCUGUGCACGUAAAAUGUUAUCGAAUUAUUGUUUUUUUCUGCUAUCCGUUUUUUGUGAGUCUUCUUAGGAAACUUAAUACAUAUUUAGUUUACACUUAAAUGUAUAUCAUGCUUCCGUUUUAUCUCAGUUUCAAUGAUUUUGUGAUUAUUGCAUUUAAAUAUGCAGUAAAUGUCACAAUACAUCGUUAGCAAGUGAAGAUUGGCUGUUGUACUUGUUAAGUAUCGGUGGCAAUACACAUUUUGGCAACUGUUGUUGGUAUGUGUUAGUUUUAUUAACGUUACUUGUAUAUGUACGUGGCACAAAUUUGUUAAUGUUUUAUUUAUUUUUACAUUUUCAAUAAAUAGUCGUUGAAUGAUA